AUGACAAUUCCGGAAAAUUCACUCGAAAAGGAUCCUCAAAAUCCGGAACUCUAUGCUACAUUUAUCCCAAAAGUUAAAAAAUACAAGAAGGAAUUACAAGAUGGUAUCUUAAAAGAAUUCAAACUACCAGAGGAAUUAAUCCCCAAAAAAAACGGUAUAGACGUCACUUCAAUCCCUGAAAAAAUUAUGACAAAGAAGGAAAUCGAACUUACUGAUCUAAAGGCAGUUGAUUUGGUCAAGGCUAUUGCUUCUGGUGUGUACAGUUCUGUUGAGGUUUUUAAGGCAUAUGCAAAGAGAGCAACAGCUGCACAUCAACUGACUAAUUGUGCUAUGCAGAUGUUUGUCAAAGAAGGUUUGAAACGUGCUGAAGAGCUUGACGAGUAUUUCCAGAAAAACGGAAAAACUGUAGGCCCACUACAUGGUGUUCCUGUGUCUUUAAAGGAGCAUUAUGAUAUCAAGGGGAAGGUUACGCAUGGUGGUUAUGUUGGUCUAAUUGAAAAUAUAUCAACAGAAACAAAUGAUUGUGUCCAGAUUCUGUACAAUGCAGGUGCUGUUUUCUAUAUUAGAACAACUGAACCGCAAAUGUUGAUGCAUUUAUGUUCGAAAAAUAAUAUUACCGGUCUCGCAAAAAACCCAAGAAACACUAACUUGACAACAGGCGGAUCUUCCUCUGGAGAAGGUGCUAUUGCGGCAAUGAAAGGUUCUGCCUUUGGUGUUGGCUCCGAUAUUGGUGGCUCCAUUAGAUCCCCAGCCGCUUUCUGUGGUGUUUGGGGCCUGAGACCAACUCAAAAAAGAAUUCCAAUGACACCAAUGGUCCCACAUUCUAACAAGUUACAAGAAACCGUUAACUGUGUUUUAGGACCCAUGGCUAGAUCUGCACAGGAUCUGGAGCUUUUCAUGAAAGUGGAAGUUGGUGCAAAACCUUGGGAGAAAGACGCAACUUUAGUUCCUUUACCUUGGAGAGAUGUUCCACUCCCAGAGCCUUCACAACUGAAAGUUGCAAUCUGUUACGAUGAUGGCUAUGUAAAACCAACACCACCUAUUAUAAGAGGUCUAGAACAUGCUGCUAAACGAUUGUCAGAAACAGGAGCGAAGGUAAUCAAGUGGGAACCCAUCAAUGCAAGAGAGUGUGCACUUGCUGCUAGUAACGCUUAUAAUGCAGACGGCAACAAAGGCCAACUGGAUCUUCUAGGUUUGUCGGGUGAGCCUAUUGUCAAAUUGAGUCAAUAUCAAUUGAACGUUGGAUGUGGAUUUGAUGGUCAAUCUGUGGUUGAGUAUCAAAAGGAUGCCGGCUUUAGAGACCAAACUAGAAAUAAAGUUUUAGAACAAAUGAAGGCAUUGGAUAUAGACUUUAUUAUCUCCCCAUCAUAUGUAUCUGUUGCUCCUCUUCCUGAAACUUGUCAUUAUUGGGGCUACACUAGCAUGUGGAAUAUAUUGGAUUUUCCGAACGUUGUUUUCCCAACUGGUCUAAGUUGUGACGUCAAAUUGGACAACCCAGACACCUCAUAUGUCGCAAGAAACGAAAUGGAAAAUUAUGAAUACAAGCUAUACAAUGAUGCAUCUCUUUUCCAAGGUGCACCUAUAAAUUUACAGUUGACAGGUAGAAGAUGGUUUGAUGAGGAACUUAUCAAAGCUAGUCAAGUUAUUGAAGAGAUUGUCCGGGCUUAA